GUCUCUAGUAUGAUUCAUCCACUUCUCUGCCCCGUUGAUAUCGUUCCAUCCAAACCCCAGAAAGAAAGUUAAUAACCCGCCUUAAGCACUACACCACUCUACCAGUCAUAACAAUCCAAGAGACAGCACUUGGUAUGCACCAUCUUCCGAUAUAGUCCGUGCCUGAUAACCCCACCUACAAUCCAGUUCAUGUACCCAAACCCAGGUACAUAGCACAUAUUACCCCUCAAAACUGCAUCAGAACCACACACCCCCUUGGUCACAUUUUCAUUUCCUACUCCGUAAUAUAACCAUCCACACCCUCCUACUAAAAUGACUGUCCGCGUCUUCAUCUACGGCUACCGCAAGCCCGGCCUCUCCCUAUCCACGUUCCGAGAGCGCUACGAAGCCCACAUCGAUCUUGUGAGACGUAUUUCCGGCGAAGACUUCCCCCUCUCCCACCGCCGGACCUAUAUCGCUCGCACGACCGUCGAUUCCCCACCUGCUGGGGCGACGGCCCGCAACGCCACAACCCCGGCGACUCUCCUUCUGGGCCAGCAGUCGGACUUUGACUUUGAUACGACGGCGGAGUUGACCUUUGCUGAUCAGCCUUCUUUCCAAGCUUUCAUGGCCAAGGUGACGGCUCCAGAGGCGGCGGCGCAGAUUGCGGAGGAUGAGGAGCGGUUCUUUGAUCGGAAGAUGUUGAGUAUUGCUAUGAUUGGGGAGGUGGUGGAGACGAAUAAGUGAGGGGUUGCUUAGAGUGGUAAGCUAGGCUGAGUGUGUACUUGCUGUUAGAACCAAGGGAGGUAUAAACUACUAGUAGACAUGAUGCUUGCUUUUCGGUGGUAUUGCAUAGUAAAUUUGCUGCAUGUAUAGUCUCCUUGCCUUGCUAAGUGGUUAUUACAUUCUGGUUGGAGAUACUAUGUCAUAGUAUAAAGUGGCUUGGAAUGAACAUGGGGGACACGAAGAGUGAAUCUGAGUCUUUCAAAGGGCAUCACUUACUGUUUGAAUUUCAUGUCAAUGAGACAAUCUGCUGGCAUUGCGCAGUGUAACUUACACUAGCUAUUUGGAAGCUGUUUUUCACCAUCUCCAGGAUCACGAUCAAGCAAAGUCCAAAAUGAAGC